CCAAGCCCAAACCAACACAGACUCCGUAGCCAAACCCAAAGCAGAGCGCUCUCUCUUCCGCCGCCAUGGGCAAGAUCAAGAUGCCGUCCCUCUUCCGCCGCAAGUCCCGCUCCCCGUCCCCACCUCCCCAGUCCAAGCCCACCGCCACCACCGCCGCCGACUCCCCGCCGCAGUCCCCAACCCGGACCCCCGAGCAGGAGAUGGAGCGCGUCUUCCGCAAGUUCGACGCGAACGGCGACGGCCGGAUCUCGCGCCCGGAGCUCGCCGCGCUCUUCGAGAGCCUGGGCCACGCGGCGACCGACGACGAGCUGGCCCGCAUGAUGGCGGAGGCGGACGCCGACGGCGACGGCUUCAUCAGCUUCGCCGAGUUCGCCGCGCUCAACGCCACCGACGCCGCCGCCGUCGAGGAGGACCUGCGCCUCGCCUUCGGGGUCUUCGACGCCGACGGCAGCGGCGCCAUCUCCGCCGCCGAGCUCGCGCGCGUGCUGCACGGCCUCGGCGAGAAGGCCACCGUCAGCCAGUGCCGCCGCAUGAUCGAGGGCGUCGACAAGAACGGCGACGGCCUCAUAUCGUUCGACGAGUUCAAGGUCAUGAUGGCCGGAGGUGGGUUCCCCAAGAUCGCCUGAAGAAUCACCCUCCGCGAUCCACUACGUACUAGCAGGUUCUUUCGUUCUUGGAUGGAUGGAUCGUCAUCAAAGAUUAGAUUUCGUCCGACCUAUUUUUGCGCCCGUAUUCUUCUCCCCGGAUCCGAGCGUUUGCGGUGGAAACUAUCAAGUGUAUAUACAGAAGAAGAAGGAUCAAACGAUCAUUAAAUUAGCCCUAGAUUUUUUCUGCUAUUUUUCUUUGUGUUGCCUGCCGAGAAAUAAUACGUAGUAGUAACUGCAAAUCGCGAAUAUUGAUUUGCGGAUAUCGAUCUACUACAAUAUUGAAAGAGUGGUUCACGGUUACUGAAUUGUCCA